AUGGAAUGUAUCGAGGAGGCUAUUUUUAAAGCUAUCAAAUACCGCAAGUUCAACUCUUUGAUCACAGAAACUUUCGAUUUGGCUUGUGUCCAGGCGAAGGAAGCAUUAAAAAAAGGAAAAACUCCUUUUCCUGUGGUUGUCAAAGAUUGCUAUAUGACAAGGAAAGUCCGAACAACGUGCGCAUCACGAAAUCUAUCAAAUUUCAUUGCGCCGUAUACUGCCACUAUUGUCAGCAGAUUAUUUAAAGAGGGUGGUUGUUUGAUUGGGAAAGCUAAUAUGGAUGAGUUUUGCAUGGGAACAUCAAGUUCAAAAGGUUAUUUUGGACCUGUGAAAAAUGGAUUAAGUGACCAAGCAAAUCUCGGAACUGAUUGGCGAAGUCCUGGCGGAUCUUCUGGCGGUUGUGCUGUAGCAGUGCAAUUGGGUAUUUCAUCAGUAAGUUUGGGGUCGGACACUGGUGGCUCAUCACGGAAUCCAGCAGCAUUCACAGGACUUUUUGGCUUCAAACCUUCCUAUGGAAUCCUAUCAAGAUAUGGGCUCAUCCCUUUAGUUAAUUCACUUGAUUGUCCAUCAGUAAUUGCUAGAACUGCUGCGGAUUGCAACUUCUUACUACAGGCUAUGAAUGGUCGAGAUGCGUUGGAUUCGACCUGCAUUGAUGCGCCGCCAUCUUGUUUUAUGAAAGGAAGACCAAUUUAUGGGAUGACUGUCGGCAUACCCAAGGAAUAUUACAAUGAAACAUUAUCAAGUGAAUGCUGGAAAGGAUGGAAUGAAGCUGCAAAAGCUCUAGCUGCGUUAGGCUGCAAGAUAAAAGAAGUGAGCAUGCCAUCCACAACCUAUUCCAUAAUUUGUUAUUAUGUGCUUGCUGAAGCCGACAUUACAUCAAACAUGGCAAGAUACGAUGGAGUCAAAUAUGGCCACAGAUCAAAUUACGACAGGUCAACUUUUAUGCUAUAUUCCGCAACAAGAAAUGAAUCUCUCAAUGAAAUUGUUCGUAGGAGAAUAUCCGCAGGGAACUAUUUCUUGAUGAAAUGCCAUUACGAUGAAUAUUUUGGACAAGCUCUUCGUGUGCGACGCCUAAUCAAAAUGGAUUUUGAUCGCGUCUUUCGGAAAGAAGGAUGUGAUAUCCUGUUAACUCCUGUGACAAGUGGUAUACCACCACUGUUUUCCGAAAUUAGUGACACCGACGGGUACAGGCGAGAAUGUCAAGACGAUUUUUACACACAACCCUGUAAUUUGGCAGGUGUUCCAGCAAUUUCAGUACCAUUCAUGAGAACGGCGGAUGGAUUUCCAGUUGGCGUGCAGAUUAUCGCUGAUCAUUUGAAAGAUGGUAUAGCACUGGAUGUGGCAGAAAAGCUUUACGAAUAUUCUGUUGUGAAAACUGUAAAACAACCAUCUGUAGCUAAGUAG